UAGUCUUUGUAGAGAUUUUAAGCAGUCGACUUCCAGAUCUAUCUGCAUAAUGAGUAAAUACUUCAAUAAUCAACUUAGACGACCGUCAGUCACAUUCAGUGACAUCGAUGUGAAUCAUAAAUCAAAUAAACUCACAAGAGAACUGUCAAUUGUUGAGGAAGCUGAAAAUACUGACGAGAAAAAUGCAAAAUUGUUGGAAGAUUAUCCAGAAGAUCAAGAUUUUUCAUCGCAUAUUGCGUCAGAUACCAAAGCAAACACACAUUUAAAUACUGGAAAUCAUCACAGAUUACAUGACAACCUUGGAGAAACGAAUAGUUCAAGUUCAAGAAGACCUUCAGUGCUUCUGCAAGAAAUUUUAUCAACUAGAAGACCAUCAGCAAUAAUGGCGACAUUAAGACGAGGGUCAGCGACAGUUAUCAAUACACUUCGUGGAAAGUCAGACGAUCCUAACGAUCACACUGGAGCAAAAAGUCCAGAAGCUAUUGAAAAUCGGAGGAAAAAUCGACGAAUUGGAGAGUGCGUGAAAUUUUUCGAAGUUUCUUUUAAUUCUUUCUUAAUUAAUUUGAAUUUCUUCAACAGUGACGCUCUUUCAACAGCAUUAUCAGCAUUAUAUGCUAAAAUGAUUGUUAUUUUAGGCAUAGCAUUUCCUAUUACCGAAAUCUUAUCUAAUCGAAUCCCCCAAGAGAUGUAUCAAGGAUUUUAUGUGUAUUUGUAUCUUGUAAGCAUAAUUUUCGUUAUUUUCGUUUAUGCUACGCAAAUGAAAAGCAAGGCUGUAUUAACAAUAAUUAAAAGUUAUCAUGAAAAGAACAGCGACGUUCCAAUUAAGAAACGUGUUCCACACUUUGCAAGCUUUUAUCUUAGAAUUGGAGCCAUUGCGUUUGGUAUCGGGAACAUGGUUUAUUCGGGUAUUGAGUUAGGUCAAUAUUUUGAGUUGAAAAGCGGCGAUGAUGUGAAUAACUGCAGCAAUAUUUUUAUGCUUUUAACUCCACUUGGAAGAAUGAUUUUAUCGAUUGUUCAAAUGCAAUUUAUCUUUCUAAACACAACAGAAGUGGAUAUGGGGCGACAUAAAGUCAUUUCACGUUUCGGUUUGAUGCAUAUGGUCGCAACAAAUCUUUGCGAGUGGCUUUAUACUUUAGUAGAGGAAACAAAACAUGAAAUUUAUCAUUUGACACAUUCACAUCAUGGAGCAAGCAAUGAUCAUCGUACUCAUGAGAAUAUGAUUGCAAAUACUUUUGUCGAGCACAUCCCACAAAACAUUUCAGUCAACAGCACUAACAUUGAUGAACAUAACAUUGUUAAACGUUCAAUUGUUAGUUCAUCGGAUAAAUAUCAUGAUUGUCAACGUACAAACAUCAUGGGAUCGCUUGUACAAAACGCUUCUCCUUUCCUGUUCCCCUGCACUAUCGAAUAUUCUCUGAUUUGCGCAGUGAUUCUUUUUGAAAUGUGGAAGAAAGUGCGUUCAAUUCCAGAGAUUGCAAAAACACGAAGAAACUCUGUCAGGGCUAGUCAUGCAAGUCUCAAUGUCAAGAACGACUAUCAAUUCUCGAUAGAUUGUUCGAAAGCGCAUCGUGGAAUGUUUGCUGGCAUCGUUGUAAUUGUCAUGACGAUUAUUUGCCUGAUAAUGUAUUUUGUCUUAUAUGGCACACCGAACUAUGUUCACAUGGCUAUAACUGAAGUCACUUAUUAUGAAAUCAUUCUCUACACUGUUUGCAGUACCGCUGUGUUGGUUGCAUUUUUCAGAAUGAGAGAUUUAAAGUAUCAGAAGAAAUCUGGGGAUCAUCAUGCUGACACAAUCAAACUUGAUUGCACAUUGCUUGUUGUGGCUGGUAUUGGUGUUUAUGUUUACGGAAUGUUUAGCAUUAUGGGAAGUUCGUUUGCACUUCAAGACAACUUACCAGGUGCUCGAGACGCUCUUAUAUCUGAAGCCUUAAGUUUGUUUCAAGUUUCAUUGCAAACACUUUUCAUACUGAAUUCAUGUUGGAGACGUUGUAAAGGUUCACAACAAAUUAGAGAAAAGCCUGGUCGUCAAAUCGUGACCUUUCUUCUUGUAGCAAAUAUUUCGUUGUGGUUCAUCAACACUUUAAUUAAAGGACAUGCAAGCUUUCGACCAGCCCAUUUGGAGUUCUUUGGACAGUGGGCAUGGGUUAAUUACUGGACGAUUAUGACACGUCGAAAGCCGAUGCCACAACAAGAAUGUGAAGAUUCUAAACUUGGUAGAGGUUUUGGGACAUUUGACUUGACAGCUUUAGGAGUAAGUGCGACAUUAGGCGUGGGAGUUUAUGUUCUAGCCGGUCACGUAGCUAAAGAUCAAGCUGGUCCGAGUGUUAUUGUAUCAUUUUUAAUUGCCGCUGCAGCGUCAUUUCUAGCUGGUUUGUGCUACGCUGAAUUUUCAUCUCGAGUUCCGAAAUCUGGUUCCGCUUACAUUUUCACAUAUGUUGCAAUAGGAGAAUUUCUAGCAUUUAUUGUUGGAUGGAAUCUCAUCCUCGAAUAUAUUAUUGGUGCGGCAAGCAUUUCAAAAGGGCUCAGCUUGUAUAUCGAUAGUUUAAUAAACGAUUCAAUGAAAAAUUCUUUCAAGCAAAUCGCUCCAAUUUCUUGGGAUUUUCUUUCGAGUUACUUCGAUUUUUUUGCUUUUGGAUGUCCACUUUUUAUUGGAUUUGCAUUAGCAUUUGGAUUGAGAAAGUCAGCUGGGAUCAAUAACAUUCUGUGCAUCUUGAAUCUUGGGAUUGUUGUGUAUGUUGUCGUCGCUGUUCUUUUCAACGCAGACAUCCGAAACUGGCAAAUUGAUCCAAACGAAAUUCCCCCACAAUAUAAUAAUUCAAGUGCAGGCACAGGGGGAUUCUUUCCAUUUGGCUUUUCAGGCACUUUAAAAGGAGCUGCAACUUGCUUUUUUGGAUUUGUUGGAUUUGAUUGCAUUGCUACAACGGGAGAAGAAGUUCGCAACCCUCAAAAGACUGUGCCUCGAGCACUUUUAUACUCGUUACUGAUUAUUUUUAUCGCUUACUUUGGGGUUUCUUUACUAACGCUUAUGUGGCCAUAUUAUCUCUUGAACUCGGAAGCUCCACUUCCACAUGCCUUUCAGGAAAUUGGAUGGAACACGUCCAAAUGGAUUGUAACAUUAGGAGGAAUAAUUGGAUUACUUUUAAGCUUGUUUGGUGCAAUUUUUCCAUUGCCAAGAAUUUUAUAUGCAAUGGUGGGUGCACAAGACGGUUUAAUGUUUCGAGAGUUCAGCAUAAUCUCGAACCGAUUUCAAACACCCGUGAUAGGAACUUUAUGUGCAGCAUUCCUAACGAGCUCAUUUUCCGCUCUUUUUGAUCUCGCAUCUUUAGUCAGCAUGCUUUCCAUUGGAGUACUAUUAGCUUACACAGUUGUUGCAAUAUCAAUAAUAAUUCUGAGAUUUUCACAAUCAACUGAGUUGAUAACAGCAAAUGAAAGGCAUGUUGAAACAUCGAAUCUCUUACGUCCUGGCUACAACAUUACAGCUAAAGGAUUUCUCAUGCAGAUGAUUCGAUUGAAUGCUUCUCGUCAUCCGAACACUAUCUCAAUGUGUGUAGUUGGAUCGUUGAUUAUGUGCUACUGUUUGUUGUCAUUUGCCUUGGGUUUAACUAUUUUAUAUUCAUGGGAUGCAAUCGGAAACGGAGAGACAUGGGCGUUGGUUUCAGUGGCUGUUCUCUCCACUUUUCUCAUCUUGUUUUGCAUUCUCAUUUCUAUCCAACCUCGACAAAGAUUUCGAAGUCAUUUAAAGCCAUUUAAGGUGCCCAUCGUACCUUUCCUGCCAGCUGUAAGCGUAUUCAUUAACAUAUAUUUAAUGUUAAUGUUGGAUUACUACACGUGGAUACGUUUCGGAAUUUGGAUGGUAUUAGGUAUAAUCAUUUACUUUCCAUGUGCAUGGUUUUUCAACAACACGAAACGUGAUUCUACAACUCAAUGGUCUGAUGAGAUUAUGCGGGAAAAUUCUAAUAAUGUUAUAACAAUCAUAGAAAGCAAUAUUGGAUUAGAUUGUGAUGGAAGACAUAAAAAUAAUGAAGGUAUUGCCGUAAAAAGCACCUGUGAGACUGAAGAUGUGAUAAUCGUCCAAGAGAAGUAUAACACGAACAGCACAUCUGGCAUAAGCAAUGGGAUGAUUAAUAAUAAAAUAAAUGUAGAGAAUGAAGCUAAUUUAGUGAUUGAAAUGUUGGACACGGUCUUGGAAGCAGAAGACGAAGAAAAUGACUUUACUGAGACUGAAACUAAUGAUCGAAGGGACUCAAGUCAAUCAAUCAACACAAAAAAUUGUUUUUCGUCUCAGACGGUUUUGACAACAAAAGUUUUUGAACUCAUAUCACCAGAAGAAGUUUCAUCAAACAACACAACAAAAUUUGAGAUUUUCGAUCUCAAUGUCGAUAAAAGUGAUAUUGAAAACGAAAUUAAUGACAUCAUUAAACAAGCAAUGGCAACGGUUGCUGAAAUUCAAGAACAAAGACAAUUCAAUGAAGUUCAAACAGAUAUUGAAGAUGACACAGAUGAGAAUGUUUUCAGAAAUCAAAAGUUCUUGGCACACCUAAAUGAUCUGAUAUCGAAAUCAAAUCAGUAAACAACAUCAAAUGUGCAAUCGAAGACAUUGGAAAAGAAGAAAUCUGAUUCAAAAGAGAAAUUCAAUCUGAAACAAUCAAAUAGCGCUCCUGACUUUAAGUUAAUGUUGGAUGCUUAUGAGACUGAAGAAAAUGGAACUUUUAAUGACAAAGAUGUCAAAGUGGUAAUCCCCAAGAAAGAAAAUGAAGAAGAAGUUCCAAUUUAUCUAAGACAAAAUGAAAUGCAAGAAGAAAAAGUUGAAAGUUUUAUCAAAGACAACGAUGAAUCAAUCGAUAAAGAAGUUUUUCGUGAUAAGCUUGCGAAACUUCUCAGUCUUCCACCCACUAGAUUAAGUUUGAUUACCCCAGUUCCAAUGCCACGGACAAGUCUCAUGACAGAUUCACAAACAACAAGUGUUGAUGAUUAUAAAGAUUCAGAAUCGCUACCGGAGGAUAAAUCCUUGCAAUCUUCACCAAUCAGUGCCACAAUGAAUAAACAACGGGAGCUUUUUGAUGAAGUUUUAAAGAAGAUUAAGAAAGAGUGAUGAAGAUUAGGUUUUGUCACAGUGGGAAGUGAACUUAUUAUUAUAAUGGAUCUAUUCAAAUGACCUGUCAAUGCCACUGACAUUUGAUGUAUAUGAAAAUUCUGCACCGCUGCUGUUCUCAGUGUCAUAAAUGUUUGCUUGAAUAAUGUUGUGAUUAAUAUGAGAAUGUUAACAUUCUUCAAAGAAAAUUUUAGAACUAUGUUGAUAAUUGUUUGUCAAAUAAUUUAAGAAAAUCAAAUAGAAUUUUAUGAUUUCACCUUUCAUUGAAAUGAUUUCCUUCUUUGUCAUUUGAAUGCAUGAAAUCCUUGGUGGUUUUGUGGUUUUGUAAAAUAAUUUAUUCCUUGGAAUCAACGCUGUGCCGUGACAGCUUAGAAUGAAAGACAAGACGAAUAUCAAUGCAAACAGAAAACUUUCUCUUAUCUUUUCAGGCAUCUUCAUGUACUUUAAAUA